GAGAGAGAGAGGAGGGACACCAAGCAGCAGAGAGAGCCAGUCUGUUUUCAGCUCCCAGUUCACUGUAGCUCCUGCCAGACAGCACUCAUCCAUCCACCAUCACACACUCGCAGACACAUUCACUCUCACUAUACAACAGCUGACAACACCUUUUCAUUUUCUCAGCAGCAGCACAGACUCACACAGCCAGAUCCAAAAGAGACGAAAAAAAAAAAAAAAAACCCGACUCCAUUUGUGCUGCAGACACACCAGCUCUGAGGAGGCUGGGUCGAGGCUGGAGAGGGUGACUGGAGAAUGGAAUGGAACCUCAGAAGGAUGGAAAGUGAACUGAGGCACAUCAACCCGGACCUGCUGCAGCCCAGCAAGAGCUUCAAGAAGCCCUCUUCAGGCACCAUCACCAUCAACGUAGGGGGGUUUCUGUACACCGCCCAUCGGACCACCCUUGCCAAACACCAGGGUUCCUUUCUGGAAGAGCUGGCCAACGGUAAGAAGCCGGUUCAGCACACUGAUUCCAUGGGCAACCCAUUCAUCGAUAGAGAUGGUCCAGUUUUUCGCCAUGUGCUCAACUACCUCCGAACUGGAGAGCUCCAGCUGCCCGACGACUUCCGGGAGGCAGGGCUCCUGCGACGGGAGGCUGAUUUUUACCGUCUGAGUGAACUGGUGGAAAGCGUGGUCGAAUGGGAAAGUCAGAGGGCGGCCCAGCGGGAGGCCGCCUUUUUGGAGAUGACAGACAGCCAUGAGAGGUCGCAGGGCCUCAAGGUGUACUGCAGUGACUCCACCUUCAUCGAAAAGGUCAAAGCGCGGCUGGUGCAGAUCUCCAAGAGCCGCCUGGAUGGCUUUCCGGAAGAAUUUGUGGUGUCGUCCAAUGUGAUCCAGUUCCGACACUUCAUCAAGUCGGAGCCGGGAUCACGGCUCGUUCUGAAGGAGGACAGCACAUUUUUGUGCACACUUGACUGUCUGAAACUAGAGACAGUGAUGCUAGCGCUGAGAUCAGGCUACAAGCUGGUCACCAGCCUCGAUAGCAGCAAAGGCUCUGUGGUGGCGGCUGAGGCCCUGCACUUUGUCAAGUAAGAUAAGAGGGAAAAGAGGGAAGAGAGAAGAAGAGGGAGAGGCAGGGAGGGAGAAGAGUAGUGCCUGAUUCCAAAUCCACCCCGCUAAUGUAAGGUAUUGGCUUGAAGAUCUUGUAACAUGUGGUGAGCUGUAAUGUGUUAUUGGGUGGGAGAAGCAUAACAGGUGGGUUAGACUGUCUCACAGGACUGUGUUUGUAUCUUUUCUGCAAAAAGCUGUCUUACAGACACAAGAUUUGAUACAUUUGGGGUAACAGCGGGUAAUUCAUUAACCUUUACACUGUCUUGUAAGCUAGUAUUUAUAGAAUUCAGAAUGAUCCAGAUCAACUUAGCGUUUAUCAUACCUAAACUGCAUUUGAUUGGACAUCACACAAAAAGUACGACCCUAAACUAUGAAAGACAAGCCAUCAGUGAAUCUUUCCAUAGAGAGGACGAAGGGACCAAACAGAGUCUGAACAUCGACAGCUUUAUCAGUGGAUUUGUCUCUGCACAAGGACUGCCUCUGCCGCUUUGUCAACAGCUGCAAAAGCCUUCAAAACCAGCCGUGAUGUGCACUGUUGUGCCAUUCAGCUUCGACUACAGUCUGUGCCUGUGUGUAUGUGUGUGUUUUGCUAUACACUGUGUGUGCUGUGUUUAGUUGGUUUAAUAGCUUGUGUUUAGUUUAUUAGCCUCUCUGGAGCCUGGGGGGAAACCCGCCGCGCAUUGAGGUCGUGUUUGGAUUGACUAACAAACUUGACAUCCAAAAAUCAAACUGAAGCAACACAAACUGUUUUCUCUGUGAACAAAUUGAGUUUAAGUGCAAAGAACCGUGAUUAUUGUAAGGGCUUUGAAUCUAGCAUGAUGCAUGUGCACUAAAUGAACUGUGUGUUUGUUAGUGCUGUGAGCCUCCGUGAAGUCAGUGCCACAAUGCCUAUUACUUUUCAAUGUGAGUAUUUUACAAAUAAAAGUGACACUGAAACUA